GAGUGUGAGUGUGUGUGUGUGUGUGAAGCUGCUGCAACUCCAUAUUCUCCAAAACCCUUUGCUCUCUGCUUCGAGAUUCUCACUUCACUUUCACUCAUCCCCAUAAUCAAAUCGAACCCUUUAUCUAUAAUUUUUCAAAUCGACAUUUUUUCUCCAUCUUUUAUCUCAAAAUUCCGAUCAAACUUUGCUGUAAAAACUUCAAAUUUCAAAAUGCCGAUCAACAAAGAACCGGCGACGCCGCCGAUGAUCGGAAAGAUCGGUCCUUACACCGUCUUCGUAACUCCACCUCCUACCCCUAAACCUUCAUCCGAACCUUCUAUUGCGUCGGUUUCCGAAUUGCCGAAGAGAAAGAACGUUUCGCCGUCGCCUGUGAAAUUCUCUCCCCCGAUUCAGCCGCCGGUGGCGAAAUCCGCCCCUCCGGUGCUCCCUCCGCCAGUUCAGUACGAGAAGUCCGCCUCGGCCUACGACUCCAAGUACGGUUUCUUUUGGGAUGCCGUCGCUAAAGUCCAGAACGCACAUUCAAGUUUGGAUGAGUAUGUGGCUCGUUGGUUUGGGCUAAAUCAAUCGAAAUAUCAAUGGGCUCUCGACGAUUAUUACGAAAAGAAGGGAGUGGACCACGUUGAUGCAAAAGUUAAGGAUGCAUCCACCAAAGCACAAAGUGUGUAACAUGCUUCUUGGGCAGGAUAGAUGUUGUGCAAGGCACCUGGAGAACCCUUUUUGAUUAUGCUGUCUAUAUUUCAAAAUAUCACAUAAAGUCUGAUUUGCUUAGUGAACGGUUGGGAUCAAAUCUCCAAAUUUACGACCAUCUUUUACUACUUUUGUACGCAGAGGCUCGGCAAUCUUAUUACUGUGACCAGUAUGAAGCAUGUAACCUUUUCAUUUACCAUGUUUUCUGUUGGCAACUGCCAAAACGUAGGCCUAAUUGCUGGAGUUGAGUUGCAUGUAAACGCGUUUCUUUUCUGUUGUAUCUGCAUUUCGAUUUUCAGUUAAAAGUGAAUUUAAUGUGCCAUUUUGUGGCCUUCCUUGCAA